AUGAGUGUUAAACCUGAGGACACUGUUAACCAACAAGUCUCUGUUGAACUUGAGGAGGAUUCUGUUAGACCUGAAGACUCAGCCAGUCAGUGUAAUGGAUCUGCAGUCAGCUCCAUGUCAGGUUCUCGACUAUGGGCAAAGGCUAUGGCCAAAAGAGCAGCCUUGAAGGCGGAAGCUGAACGUCUUAAGCAGCAGCAGGAGUUGGAACUCGAGCAGUUAAGGUUGCAGCAGAAAAGGAGAGAAUUGGACUUGCAGACUAAAAUUGAAAUUGCUCAAGCUGAAGAGCAGAUCUUCAGUCUCUUUGAUGAGGAAAGGUCUUCUAAAGUGAGUCGUCAUCCAUCGCAUGCUAGUAAGCAGGAAAAGAAAGGUUCCUUACAGGACAGUCUCCAGUUGGAACAGAAAACUCAAGAUGAAACUCUUCUAUAUCCUCUAGAUGACAAGCAGACAUCCUUUCAGGGAUCUUAUGGAGUGUUGCCUGCCCCAAAUCAGCAGUUGUUGGAAGCAAUCAGUCUGCAAAAUGUAGAACUCAUGAAAUUUGAUGGAAGUCUGGUAGGAAGGACGUCCCUGGAUGACAGCUCCAAGCUUCUGAAGUUAUUCAGUUGUUGCCAAGGUGAAACAAGAUCCAUUAUUCAGUCGUGUAUGGUCAUGGACUCUGCAGUAGCCUACAAGAAAGCCAGAAGCAUCCUGGAAGAACGAUAUGGCAACAAGUUCAAGAGAGGAGAUGCUUGGACAAAGAAAGUCAUUAAUGGGCCAACAUUGCAGCCAAGUGACAAGAAAGGACUGCAGAAGUUCGCAGAUGAGCUGCAGGUUUGCUGCGAGACUCUACAGGCGGUGGACAUGGUUGCAGAGAUAAGUUCGCAACAACACCUUGUAAAGAUUGUAGAGAGACUGCCUUACUAUCUGAGAGCCAGGUGGCUCAAGGUCGUCAAAGAUGUCCGUCACCAAGGUAGAUCUCCCAAGUUGAAAGAUGUGGUACGCUUUGUGACUGACGCAGCCUGUGAAAUCAAUGAUCCAGUCUAUGGAGAGCUGUUUGGAGACAAGAAGAAGCAGCCUCAAGGAUCAAAACAGUCACUUGGGAAAAGAUCAUCUCAAGCAGCUGGGGUCAACUUUGCUGGAUCAGAGAAGAAGAAGGAAGUGGACUGUGCUCUUUGUGACAAGGGACAUGGCAUCUUUUCUUGUAACCUGUUUAAGGACAUGAAACCUGAAGAACGUCUGCAAAUGGCGAAGGAUAAGCAUUUAUGCUUUAAUUGUCUCAAGCCAGGACACAGUUCAAGUAAAUGUUUCCUAAAUAGAACCUGCUCUGUGAAAGGAUGUAAUAGGAAACAUAGUAGGUUUCUGCAUCUUAAGAGGAAGGACGAUUCACAGAAGACAGAUGUUCUGAAGGAUACAAGACAGCAGUCAUCCAGUUCCAGUGAGACUGAUGGGACCACAGCAUCAUCAUCUCAGAAUGGGUUCGUCGAGACUGCUAACAGCACCUUUGGUAAUGCCACGGGGGCCGGUAAAAGAUGUGUCCUGCUCAUUGUGCCUGUUCGAGUCCAAGCAGCAUCUGGUGGUAAAGCAUUGAGAACAUUUGCUUUGUUGGAUACAGGAUCCACGAACUCCUUCUGUACCAAGAGCCUGGCGGAGAAGUUGAAUGCCAAAGGUCAGACACAGAGGCUAUCGUUGACCACCAUCGACAAUGAACAGACAUUGGAAACCAAGGUAGUGGAUCUGGUGGUUGACACUGGCCCAAUGUCUGAAGCAGUUAGGAUAGAAAAUGUAUUCACUAAGGAGAGGAUAAACAUCAGGAGUGAUCACAUGGCAUCAGUAGGAGAGAUUUCUGGUUGGCCUCAUCAACAAGAUAUUAAUUUGACAAUUGCAAGAGGGCAAGAGAUCGGUCUGUUGAUUGGUCAAGAUGCACCUGAGGCCCUCAUUCCUCUGGAGGUGAGAAAGGCAGAGACUGGACCAUAG